AUGAAGAUAAAUCUUCUGCUGAGCCUAGGGCUGGCUCUAGUCUCUGCCCUCCAUGCCCUCCCCACUGCAUCUGAUAAAAAGGCAAUAGAUAAUUUGCAAAAGCUUGCAGGAAAGUGGAAUUCCAUUUUCUUGGCUUCAACUGUACAGAAGCGGGUAGAAGAUGGAGGUGACAUGAAGUUUUCCAUAAACAAUAUCGAUGUGCGUGGGCAUGAUGUUGUAUUUGACUUGGACCUCCAGGAAGAUGGAAAAUGUAUCCCAUAUAUAAUUGUUGCUAAUAAAACAGAAAAAGAUAAUGUGCUCAAAUUCGAUUAUGAAGGAGAAAAUACUGUCUACGUGGAGAAAGCUAAUCCAGAUGACCAUGUUAUCUUUGCUACACAUAACAUUCAAAAUGGGACAGAGACCGUGGUGCUGGAGCUUUAUGGACGGUCCCAAGACGUAAAAGAAAACGCCAAAAAAUCAUUUAAGAAGCUUUGCAAAAAAUACGGAAUCAAUAAGGAUUAUGUCAUUGAUAUGACCCAAAAUAGUAAAUGCAAUAAAGAAAAACAAUAG